CCUCCAACACAGGACAACAACAACCAACGUUCGAACCAUGUCUUCCCAAGUGAGACAGAACUUCCAUCAGGACUGCGAGGCUGCAAUCAACAGGCAGAUCAACCUGGAGCUGUACGCCUCCUACGUCUACCUGUCCAUGGGUUACUUCUUUGACCGGGAUGACCAAGCAUUGCACAACUUUGCUAAGUUCUUCCGUCAUCAGUCGCUGGAGGAGCGUGAGCAAGCUGAGAAGCUAAUGAAACAACAGAACCAGAGGGGGGGACGGAUCUUCCUCCAAGAUAUCAGGAAACCAGAGAGAGACGAGUGGGGCAGUGGGAUCGAGGCUCUUGAAUGUGCCCUGCAGCUGGAGAAGAGCGUGAACCAGUCACUGCUGGAACUGCACAAGCUCUGCGCUGAUCACAAUGACCCACAUAUGUGUGAUUUCAUCGAGACGCACUACCUGGACGAGCAGGUGAAGUCCAUCAAAGAGCUUGGAGACUGGGUGACCAACCUGCGUCGCAUGGGAGCUCCAAGCAAUGGCAUGGCCGAAUACUUGUUUGACAAACACACCAUGGGCAAAGAAAGCAGCUAGAUCCCUGCAUAGUUCCUUCACAGACGCCUCUUUAUAUGUAUAUUUGUAUCAUGCGUCUAAGUAUUUUAAACAAUAUUAAGGCGUCUGCAUGAUAGUGGCUUGUCAUUUGGAACCUGUUAUAUUCUUCUUUA